CUAGAUAGAUACAGAUAGACGCGAAACAGCUAGACCAACAAGCAAAAACAGCUGUACAGGUCGUAGAGCUCAGUUGGCUCUCAGUUGUAGCUUAUCAACGGAACACAUCACCAAGUUUCAAGAUUCUCAGUGGAAAGUUAAAGAUACAGAAUAUGUGCUGAGAUACUGGCUGAGACUCUAGAGCAGCUGGGAAUGUGCUGGCAGGGAGGGAAAAUCGGAAAAAUUCUCAUUCGGUUCGGGUAGUGUGUGAAGCGAGUCGGUCGAUUGACUGAAUUCCACUGUUCCAAUGAUAACUCUGCAUGUAUCUGUAUCUGUAUCUGAACCGCAACGGGCCUGCUGUUGACUCGCAACUCUAAACGAUAAAUUUAGAUUAAAGGAGUAGAUAAAGUGUGAUGUUGUUGGGUUUAUCGCAUGGGAGUGAAGUUAACCACGGCAUAGCUGGGUCUAGUGUCUCAACAACGGCCACGAGCUUAAUCAAAAGGUCGACUCAGCAACUAACCAGACUCAGAUUAGCCAAAUAAGCGAAGUGUAUGUGUCCCGCGGCCAAAGUUGCGUUUAAAGCUGUUUUCGCUUGAAUGCUGAAGUCUAGUGAAGCUUAAACUGCGGUUCGGUUAGCACCCCAUGCUCUUAAACGAAACGAAAGAUACAAAGUGACUAGUACAGUGUUUUUAGAUACAGAUUCAGGAUACGGAUAUAUUGGGAAUACCAGAUAUUUUUUGCCGGGAAGAGAGAGUCAUUGUUCUGAAGAUUGUCUGGAUACUACGAGAAGUGCAUGUUUCGACUGCCUGUAAGCGGGUCAGGAUUACAAAAGGAUAGAUAGAUUCAGCGAGAUAUUGUGGGGAUCAGAUCGACGUUGAUGCAUUUAGUAGAUCAUUUCGCACAGACGCUCUUAUGAUCAGCUCAGAAAGUCUAUAGAGCUGCUGAGUAGAACGAGUCGUUAUCUCGAAGAUUGAGGCAAAAGAUAAAUUGUUUCCGCGACUCGCAGCGCUAGAAGCUAUUUCAUCCACGUAGCUAUCUCGCAAGCGGCAAUCUGUGAGAUUUUCGCUGAGCGUCACGAAGACUCUGGAAAAGUGAUUGACCGGCUGGGAAACUCAGUAGACUCGAAUUACGGAAGUUUGCCCGUCGACUCCUCUGACUUGGGCAACACAACUAAUAAAUUUUCCUCUGUGAAAAACGCAUAGCUUUUCCUGGAUAAGACUUUGUGCGCAAUAUUUACGACACGACAGUGUGGUUCGCCCCCAAUUCACUCUCACUUUUCAGUACGUUACAACGCCCGACUCUCGGACCAAGUGGGCUCGGGAAAGCAUAGGAAAAGCGACUGAUUAUAAACACAUUAGCUGCUGAAAGGUCGAGACUCUGUUCAACGAGACAGGAACCCACUAAGCAUUUUCCAAGCAUUUCAGCCACAUCGCAGAUACAUAGAUACAAUCCAUUCCGAACCCGGUGCCAGAUACUCUCGGUACACAGUACGUCACAACAACAAAUCGCGCCUGUAACGUGGUGGAGCUGACUGAGUUUGGUGGAGUGUGUGGAGCAAAGUGUGCCUACGUGAUUAUCUCGUGACUGCUUAAUUUAAUAAAUUUAUUAUUGUACAGUGGUCGCCACAUUGGAACGACUAGAUUCGAAGUGUUUUAGCUUUUCUGCGAUUGCUGGGGCCAGACACAGGCCGCAUAGCUCGGUGUAGACUAGCCGACCCCCCAAUAGAUACAUCGUCGAUUGCGGAGCUUGGGCGCAUUUUAUGAAAAGAUACAUUAUUGCUGCAUUUAGGCGUGUGGUGACUUCUAACAUUAAGUGGAAAAUUCCGAUAGUAGUUGGAGCGAGUUUGGACUGUGUUACGUGUUACUAGACGAUCUUAAGUAGUUGGAAAAGAUAGUACUCCCCAGACUGGCUUUGAAUGGCCCAAGUGCGUUUGUGAAUCGGAAUUAGCUUGUGGAUUGCGUGCAGGCUCGCGGUAUUGUUCAAGUGCCGGGUCAUAGACUGUGUGAGAUUCGUUACAAGGGACCAAAUCCAAGCCAAGGAUCAAUCCUCUCAGGACUAGUGCUCGCACCAAAUGCAGAUUUUCAAGAGUAGUUGCGACAUAUUGAAUUCGCUGAUAAACAUAAAUAAGAUUUAACAGACUUUCUUCCAAGUUGAAUAACUGAAAGUAUCUUGCAAGAUAUCUUUUUUAAAAAAAAGUCAAUAACCCCCCGAAACAGUUGCAUUUACCCCCUCCUUUUCUUGGAAACCACGGAAAGCCAUCAGUACAGAAACCUCAAACGAAAGAAAAGACUUUUCUAAGACAUUCAUUGCCUGUGACCGCGGUAUCUUUUUCUUAACCAUAAACGUAUCUAGGUAAAUUUUAAUGUGUACACCGAUCGAAAAAAUUGCCGAUAGAGUUCAUUCGAAAGAAAAUCGUGUUCUACCAUUCUAUCGAAAACCACGCUAUACACGUAACUGUUCCGUUUGGAAUGUAAUAUCGCGGCCUCACACGUUACCGGUAAAAUCUAAAUCUGAAAACUCCCCAUUGACCGUUAAUCGUAUCUGCUACUAUUUCUACCAUUACUAUUCCUACUUUGAGUGAGAUCAAGUAGAAUUAGAUUUUCGUGAGUGUGAUUUUCGCAACAAAAGUUUCGAAUUUUUUGAUUGAAAACUCGAGGAAAAUUCGCAACGAACGUUCCGAAAUUCGCAAAUAAGGUUCCGGAAAAAAAAAAUUUUAAAUAUUUUUUUUUUUUGAAUAUUUGAAAUAUCGCGUUUGACCAAUUGAAGAAUGCAAGAAUCAUUGUAAAACGCGAUAAUCGGGUGGAUCUGAGUUAUUUUGGUAGUAAGAGAUCGCGUUGCCAAAAUACCCGAAGAAGGGGGGCGAUUUGGUGGUGCAGUGCAGUGCAAAGUGCAAUACGAAGAUCGAAAGAAAAGUGUCGGGAAAUUCGCGUUACACUCGGUAUUCCCAUUUGUUCUGAGUGCUGUUUUCCGGACGCGACUCCAUUCGGCCAGAGACUCAGCCACCAAAGGUGUACGUGCCGCAUAGUACGACCACCGCAAAAGGAUAUAUACCCAUCGUUCGACCUUGAAUCCGCCGUUGUUAUUGUUAAUUGCGUCGUGACUACAUCAAGUGCUGCUCAAGGAGUAAACGCCAGCCAAGCGACUGCCAUCGAUUAACGUCUUGGCGAAAAUUAAUUUUUCACAUUCAACAUCAUCGUCCCGCACCACCGCCAUCAGGACCUACUACGACAUAAUGGCACAGUAUUGGGAAUCAAACGGACAUGCUCCCCAUGCAGUCAAGUAUGAAAGUGAUGCAGCUGUAGCGGGUUUUCCAUAUUGUGGAGAAUCUGGUCUAAAUUUUUCAACAUCAGCAGCCGCUUACAGUGAGGAUGACGCAGAAUAUGCACCAGGGAGACGAAAUAAGACGUCCAGGCAAGAUCCUCUAUCGCAUCGAAUCAUUGAGAAACGAAGGCGAGAUCGAAUGAACUCAUGCCUGGCUGACCUAUCACGUUUGAUACCACCCCAAUACCAAAGGAAAGGACGAGGCCGAAUAGAAAAGACAGAAAUCAUUGAGAUGGCCAUCAGACACCUAAAACAUCUACAAAACGAAUGUGUUCAUAAGGAGAUCGAAUACAAAAUGGGUUAUACAGAUUGCAUGAAGGAGACCGCUAAAUUUCUGUAUGACACUCAGAUGCAGGAUUUAUGCUAUCAACUUCUAGCCCACCUGCAGGAACACUGUGAUGAGAUAAUGAAGAAUGAAUGCUAUAAAACCAGAUGCAAUGUCGAUUCCAUCAGUGCAUCAAGUGGCAGUCCGCCAGCACAUAACUACCAUCCACCGACGUCUCUGGCGCAGCUUCGUGACAUGAUUCCUUCAGAUGUAGAGCACAGCAACAGUAACGACCACAAUGAUGUCAAGGAUUUGAGUUUUCGUAGUCAACCACAUCAAGCUCCGGUCAUAACAUCAACGGCUCCACCCUCCGUUCAUCAUGAGUCAAGCAAUCACGAUUUCGAGUCAUCUCGCGAGCCAAUAUGCCACCAAGAGAAUGGUAUCGUGACUCCACCUCCACUUCAGCAGAACAGCAUCCUUCGAACGGGUCGAACAAGGAACAUUUCAGAGUCUUCGCAUGAGGUUGAACACAACAACAACUACAAAUACAAGAAUCACAUCAAGCAGCGAUUCAAUCAGGAUAGUCACCUGCACGAUGAGUCAACAGGCGAGCAUAGCAUAGGAGGAUCCAAUAUGGCAGAGGCAAACUCAAGUGUUGACCACCCGAAGACCACGCUGGACCAGACAGUAGGCUGCAAGAAGCGUAAGAUUAGUGGAUGCGAACCCACCGAGAAUGGAGCGUAUGACGAGAAAGCUUUGACCAAUGGAGACAUUAAAUCCGAGUCACCGGUGCAUCAUACGAAGCCCGCGUUGAAUGGCACUCGCCACUUCACAGUUCCCAUCUUUGCGCUACAUGGCCAGGGUACCUACUAUGUUCCGCUGAACAUCGACUACGAUGCCUUGCUCCCCUAUCUGCAUGGUGUUGAUUUGCUCGACAAGAACUACUGUUCCGUAUCAGCUCUGCAUCCAAUCAAUAUAAGUGUUAACUUCUCACCAAGCCAUCCACGAUCGCAGAGUUUUGCCCGACCGAAACUGGAAGCCAUUGCCAAUGGUUGGUAGGUCGGCCAUUCGGCAAAGCAACAUCUACCUCUAAGUUUUAGUUUUCAAAUUUCUGAACAGUUCAAUGGGAACUGAUCACCUUUACCACCACUGACAAGGGUUGAUUCGUCCAGGAUCAAACGCUUGACUAUUUCCAUAAAAACAAAGCCAGAAUUAGGUGUUUUUUUAUAAUUUCUCCUUUCUUUUCUUUCUUUUGUCUUUGUCAUGGCUCAUUUUGCGAAAGUGCUGAUGAGAGUAUUUUUGUAACUCUUUUUUCGUAAAUAUUUUGUUUUUUUUUUUAAUUAUUUCGCUACUGACUUCACAUCCAUAGUAGGACAUUUUUUUAAUUCUAGAGACUUUUAGAGAAUUUUUGCAAGGGGUGUUCAUUUCAAGCCUCACACGGCAGGGCCCUUUCCAUCAGUUGAACAUUUUCUGGGUAUCCUGAAUGCCAAUCACAAUUUCUUUAUAUUUAUCCAAUUUUUUAUGCAUGUACGAGAUUUUAAAUGACAAAAGAUAGUUGCAACCAAUAUUUUAUUGUAUUUAUACGUUUUUGUUCUCAUUCGAGGAAAUUUGAUUGAAAACUGAUGGAAAAUGGAAGGGUUUCACCGUGGUUUUUUCUUUUCGUCUUAAUUUUAUAAACAAUCAAAAAUAAGAGUGAUUUAUAUUGAUGUUCGUUAAGUGAAAAGUAAAGUGUAAAGUUUAAGAGAAUUAUACAAAACAAAAUACAUAGGAGAGGAUACGAGUAAAAAACAAAUGAAUGAAACUAAUACCAUUUUGCAAUUGAUUCCUAGUCAAAAACUACAAAAACUAUUACAAAUGUAAAUAAACUAAAGUAAAAUAUACUGUUUGUACCUAAGGUAUUUUUCAAGAUGAUAUAUAUAAAGCUAAAUAUAUAGAUAAAGCAUUAAGGAAGAAAGAGAUGAGAUAUAUUUGUUAAAAAUAUUAAGAAAGAAAUAAAAAAUAAAAUAUGUUUUAAA